AUGGUUCUGCAGAACGGCAUGGACCCUGGGCACCCCGUGCGUCUGGAGCCCUUCCUGCACCAGGUCGGGGGCCACCUGAGCGUGAUGAAGUACGACGAGUCCACCAUCUGCAAGCCCCUCAUCUCCCAGGAGCAGAAGUUCUACGAGUCCCUGCCCCUGGCCAUGAAGCAGUUCACCCCCGAGUACAAAGGUACCAUCACCGUGCACCUCCGCAAGGACAGCCUGGGACACCUCAGCCUGGAAGCCAACCCGCUGGCGGAGAACGGGGGCCCCUUCCAGGUCUCCCCCGAGUCAGCCGUGGCGCUAUGGCAGAGGCUGCAGCAGAGUGCGGGAGGGGGCGCCCGGCCCCUGGCCCCUUGGCAGCAGGCCCAGCUGGCACACUCGCUCAAGGAGAGCCGGGCCACAGCGCUACUGCGGUCCGAGUUCCACCUCCACUCCCCGGAGCCCUCCCUGGAGGCCCAGGAGGCUGAGGAGCACCAGGCCGAGAGCAGCUUCAACCCGUGGGGCCUGCACUGCCACCAGGCCCACCUGAGCCGCCUGUGCGCUGAGUAUCCUGAGAACAAGCUACAGAGGUUCCUGCUGCUGGAGAACGUGGUGUCGCAGUACAAGCUGCCGUGCAUCCUGGACCUGAAGAUGGGCACGCGGCAGCACGGGGACGACGCGUCCGAGGAGAAGAAGGCGCGCCACAUGCGCAAGUGCGCGCAGAGCACCUCGGCCUGCCUGGGCGUGCGCAUCUGCGGCAUGCAGGUUUAUCAAACCGAUAAGAAGAAUUUCCUCUGCAAAGACAAGUACUAUGGGAGGAAGCUCUCGGUGGAGGGCUUCAGACAAGCGCUCUACCAGUUCCUGCACGACGGGUCUCGCCUGCGGGCAGAGCUGCUGGGGCCCAUGCGGGGCCAGCUCCGGGCCCUCCUCUCUGUCAUCAGAAGCCAGACUUCCUACCGCUUCUACUCCAGCUCUCUCCUCAUCAUCUACGAGGGCCAGGAAGGCCCCGACACCCCACCAGGCACCCCCGCCGGCCCCGGGACCCAGGACUCGGCUCUGCACACAGCCCAGGGCGACUCUCUCGAGGGCCUGGCCAAAGUCGACAUCCGGAUGAUAGAUUUUGCUCACGCCACGUACAAGGGCUCCUGGAACGAGCAGGCCACCCACGAUGGACCCGAUCAAGGCUAUAUUUUCGGCCUGGAAAACCUUCUCCAGAUCCUGCAGGAUAUCCAAGAGGGAGAAUGAGACAUGGUCGGC